CAGUCGAUAAUUAGACCGGCAGCGGGUGAAGGCUGCAAUGCGGAGGCAAACCAACAACGAAAUAUUAUCGUAAAAAUAAUAUUGAUUUUGUACCUGAUUAAUUAAAGUUAAUUGAUUAUUAAUUGUCUAUUGCGGAGGAGAUCUUAUCGACAUUAGAUCAUCAUGACGUUACCGGUAGACCAAGUUUACCUUGAAAAUUUGGAGGAAUAUAUCUUUGAUGAUGAGAAAUUCGUUUCGUACAAAUGGCUCAGUUGCAAGCUUGGGGUUCAUGUGAAUUUAUCGAAGCAAAUGCUCUACCAAUUUCUAGAAAUCCAGAAAGAAAAGGGCAAGAAAAUCCAUGCCAUGUACUACAUUUCCGGAAUGGCUCCGCAGAAAUGGAUUUCAAAACUGAAUUCUUCUGAUGACGCUGGUUCCAAUGGGUCAUCAGCAUCUUCCUCCCCGGAAUUUGUUGAGAAUAAGUCGCCCCCAGCGGAUGAGGGUUCCCCAGACAUGUUCCUCUUUGACAGCAGUGACGAAGAGGAGGAUGACGACUUUGAUGAGAAUGGGGACGCCUUCAUAGUCUCGAUUUGCAAAGAGCAGGAAGUUGAAGAGUAUCGAAAACACUUUUCGCAAAUAUUUUCACUCCACGUUUAUGGGCUCAGCUCGUUUCCAAUGACCAAACAGAGAUUGGAUGACUUUACCAAAGUUUCAUUGUUUGAUGACGACGGGAAUGUGCCACAACAUUAUGGACCUAUGGUGGUUAAGACAAACAUUGAAUUCAGACCUGAUCCACGCAACGUUCAAAAACUGAAAGACAUCGCAGAGGUGAAAGCAAUGGUGAAAAUACAGAAGGAAAAAUGGGAGAAGGAAGAAGCAUUGAAAGAACAGAAGAAGAAAGAAGAGGCUGCCAAGCCCAAAACGUUUAGUAUUUUCCCUCAAACUACUACGUCAAAAAGUAAAAAGGAGGAAACGACGACCAAGAAGGAUACAACUAAAAGUGGUGGAGGUGGAGGUGAUAAUCGAUUAAAGAAUAUGUUUGCUGCGGCAGCAAGUAAACCCCCAGCGCCGAAAAAGAUUGUCGAGGAAGAACCGAAAAAAGCUGACCCUCCAGUCAAAGAGAACAAGCGUAACACGAAAGAAGCCAGUGAUGAUGAAGGAUCUCCGUUCCAAUCCAGGAGAAAUAAGCCCAAAGGAAAGGGAUCUUCUACUGCAAAGAAUAAAAAGAAACAAAGUGAAAGCCAAAAAAGGAAAAGAAUUCGCGACGUGUUUUCCUCUUCAGAAGACGACAGUGAUACUGAGCGCAAUGCAAAAAUGUCGGAUAAUGAAGAACUUCCCGAAUCUCCAGUUCCUAGGAAGUAUCAAAUUCAGUCAGACUCAGACUCAGACGACGCACAACCUGAACCGGCCCGUCCCAAUAAAACUAAACAAGGUUCUAGUGAGGAUAAAGUUGAGAAAACAGGAAGGAAGCGAGUAUGUAAAACUGUUCCGCAUCGCCACGUUGAUGAUGAAGGGUUUUUAGUGACCGUAAUGGAACAAGUGAUGGUAUCAGAGUCAGAUCAUUCGGAAGGGGAUGAGCCAAUGAACACUGACGAGGAACCAGCUCCUGUUCCCCGUGACAUUGUGAAGAAACCAGAAGAACCAUCCAAAACUUCCUCAUUGCCAAAGUCAAAGGAAGUUCCAAAGCCUGCGGCGACAAGCAAAGCUGCCAAGGGAAAAUCUGCUGCUGCCGGAACAUCAAAGCAAGCAUCUAUCAUGUCAUUCUUCAAGAAAAAGUGAGGGCUUCCGGUUCAUGCAGUGACCAAUCAUCAUCUGACUGAUUAUAUUCAACGUAUUUCACAAACAAACCAAAACCACGAGUCUUACAAUUCUUAAAAUUUAUUAAAAAUUCAAUUUUUGGAAACCUUAUAAAUAUUGUAGUUUGACAACGUAAAAAAACUUAAGUUUUGUUCUGUAUUACUUUUUCUAUAAGUUAUACAUACGCCAUCCAGUUUUCUGCUAGGGUUGAUUCGAAUCUAUUCAAGCUGCUGCCAUUCGUAGAGAAGUGCAAUUUCAGCAAGAUUGAUUUACAAGUUUACAAAUCAACUUGCAAGAAUAGGAUCAAUCUAAACAUUUGAUGAAUAAUUGACCAUUAUAAAAGUUACAAGGUUAUUAUUAAGUAAAGUUAAUGCAUUUCAUAAUCAGCUCUACUCUCUUGUCUGCUACUUUAAUUCACUACUCUAUUACCAUCUCUUUUAUGUAUUUAAUUCAAUCUAUUUUUGCCUCAACUUUUUCAACAGGCUAAUAAACCGAUGUAUUAUCGAUGAACAAAA